AUGUCCGCCCCCAACGCCGGCCGCCAGUCUCCCGACCCAGAGGGCCAGGGCAAGCAGCAGACCGAUCCGCAAGCCAACCCAAACGAGCAGGGCGCCGCUCCCUCCAAGGACCAUGCUCAGGAGGCCUCCGACGAGGCAAAGAACUCUCUGCCCAGCAACCCGGAGCACCCGCUAGAGAAGGCGGCGGAGGAGAAGACGAGCAAGACUACGGACCCGACCAAGUGA